AUGCUUCCGCCGAUCCCUCGUAUCGAGGACUACGGUAUUUCAGCGGAAAAUGGCUUCCUGCCUCCAGAGCCGCCGCUGGAGAUCCUGCCGGACCCGUACUACGCCAAAUGGGAGACUGUUGUGGCUAACCUGCAGCCGCUGCUGCUGAGCAAGCGGGUUCGAGCCGUGGUGGACACCAUGCCCAUUCUCGCGACAGACCAUCUCGAAACAGAUGCCGAAUGGCGUCGAGCCUACGUCGUGCUGGUCUUUAUGCUGCAUGGCUACAUCUGGGGCGGUGAUAAGCCUGCCGAGAUAGUCCCACCGCAGCUCACCGUGCCACUGCUCCAAGUCUGUGAGCGACUUGAACUCCCGCCUGUCGCGACUUAUGCCGGAGUCUGCCUCUGGAAUUAUCGAUCGAUCUUCCCGGACGAGCCUACCGAUGAUCUCGACAACCUUGCAUGCCUGCAGACCUUCACGGGCUCGCUCGACGAACAGUGGUUCUUCCUGGUCUCGAUCGCCUUGGAGGCACGUGGUGCACCGUCGAUCCCUCUGAUGCUGCAGGCGAUCAGCGCUGCGCGUCGGGGCGAGACCCCUGUCGUGACCGAGUGCCUGCAGCAGCUCGCAGAGAUCCUCGACGGCUUCACUGCCCUGCUCACCCGCAUGUAUGACAACUGCGAUCCCUACGUCUUCUACAACCGCAUCCGCCCGUACCUAGCCGGCAGCAAGAACAUGGCUGAUGCGGGUCUCCCCAAUGGUGUGCUGUACGACGAUGGCCAGUCGACUCCCCAGUAUCGGCAGUACGGCGGUGGCAGCAAUGCGCAAAGCUCGAUCAUCCAAUUCUUUGAUAUCGUCCUUGGCGUGGAGCAUCGUCCGACUGGGGUGACUCGCAAUGACCAAGCCUCCGCGAAUACCAAUGAGAGUCCCCGCCCCCGCCACGGCUUUAUCCAUGAGAUGCGCGAGUACAUGCCUGGCCCUCACCGUCGGUUCUUGGGUGAUGUCGAAUCGGUCGCCAACAUUCGCGCGUAUGUCGAGGCCCAUCGCUCCAACUCGGCCCUGUGCGUGGCCUACGAUGCCUGCCUGUCGAUGCUGCGGGUGAUGCGCGACAAGCAUAUUCAGAUCGUCUCUCGCUACAUCAUUGUUCAGUCCCGCGGUGCUCGCAAUGCAUCCCAGCCGAUGGAGCCAAACCAGCCAGCCGCCACAAAUCUUGCUACUGCGGCGCCCAAGGACAACAAGAAGCUUCGAGGCACAGGUGGCACCGCCCUCAUCCCUUUCCUGAAGCAAGCUCGGGAUGAGACGGGGGAGCCAGCCAUCGACUCGUGGGCCCAGCGACUUCUCAGCGGUUCCCUCGAUAAGAAAUCGGCCGCUCUCAGCAAGGUGGGCGAACACCCGGAUGGCAACCUCGAAGUCGUUGGUCUCUGUGGGACCUGGACGGCGGAUGAUUAUGAAGGUGGAAUCUGCCACUGGUAA